GCUGGGAUUACAGGUGCCCACCACCAUGCCCAGCUAAUUUUUUGUAUUUUUAGUAGAGACAGGAUUUCACCAUGUUGGCCAGGCUGGUCUCGAACUCCUGACCUUGUGAUCCACUCACCUCGGCCUCCCAAAGUGCUGGGAUUACAGGCAUGAGCCACCGCACCCGGCCACCUGGGGAAUCUUCUAAUAGUCUUAGGGCAGCUUAGCUGGCCUGGACCCACCUCCCUUGCCACCUGCCCCCUGCACCGACCGAUCAUGUUCAGUCACCCAGGAGAUGAUGGAGAGGCUGAUCAGCCCUCCUGGAAAGGGAGGAAGAGGGCCCUAGUUGGAGAGAUCCAUCAGCAGAAGCCAGGGAGGAGACACAGAGCCUUGCUCCCUGACGCUCCUUAGGGCUAGCAUGGGGCAGGAGUUUAGCUGGGAGGAGGCGGAGGCAGCUGGCGAGAUAGAUGUGGCGGAGCUCCAGGAGUGGUACAAGAAGUUCGUGAUGGAGUGCCCCAGCGGCACACUCUUUAUGCAUGAGUUUAAGCGCUUCUUCAAGGUCACAGACGAUGAGGAGGCCUCCCAAUAUGUAGAGGGCAUGUUCCGAGCCUUCGACAAGAAUGGGGACAACACCAUCGACUUCCUGGAGUACGUGGCAGCUCUGAAUCUCGUGCUGAGGGGCACCCUGGAGCACAAGCUGAAGUGGACAUUCAAGAUCUAUGAUAAGGAUGGCAAUGGCUGCAUCGACCGCCUGGAGCUACUCAACAUUGUGGAGGGAAUUUACCAGCUGAAGAAAGCCUGCCGGCGAGAGCUACAAACUGAGCAAGGCCAGCUGCUCACACCCGAGGAGGUCGUGGACAGGAUCUUCCUCCUGGUGGAUGAGAAUGGAGAUGGCCAGCUGUCUCUGAACGAGUUUGUUGAAGGUGCCCGUCGGGACAAGUGGGUGAUGAAGAUGCUGCAGAUGGACAUGAAUCCCAGCAGCUGGCUCGCUCAGCAGAGACGGAAAAGUGCCAUGUUCUGAGGAGUCUGGGGCCCCUCCACGACUCCAGGCUCACCCAGGUUUCCAGGGUAGUAGAAGGGUCCCUGGCUCAGCCUGCUCGUGCCCACUCUUCCCCUGGUGUUGACUUCCUGGCACCUCCU